GUAUAUGUUUGUCGGCGAUCUUCAGUCGUCGUCACUCAGUAGCUUUUCACUUUCGUCUGAAUCAGAGAGUAAGUCUCUGGAUCUCUCAUCCAAUAAUAAGUUCAACAAUAUGACACAAUUGUGAAUUGAUGCAGUAUAAGCUACAUUGAAGUAUGGGAUCCGUAUCGCUAAAGAUUGGCGAUGGAAGCGCAAGAUUCAAGCGAUCAACGCUUUUUUCUUCCGCCAUCAACCUCCUUAUGCUUUUCUCUAUAGUCACUACAAAUCUCUUUGCAUUAUACGCCUUCUCGUCUCGGUCCCAAUCCCACACGCCACAUCCUCUUCAUUCCAACAAUGUCUCUUUGGUUUCUCAACAUCUAUCACUCAUCCUCAGAGAAAUCGAUUCGUCCCACCGUACACUCUCUCUAAUGGAGAAACAAAUGAUUGGUUUUGAAUCUCUCGAUCUUUCGCAUCAAGAAGUUCCACAAGAGCUUAAACUUUUCCUCCAACAACAUCAGCUUCCUCUUGGUAAAGAUUCUCGUACUGGUAUCACACAUAUGGUUGCAUCUGUUGGACAUUCCUGUGAAAUGUCUCUAGAUUUGUUAUCUCAGUAUAUGUCGUACAAUGUGUUUGAAAAGUGUCCGGAUGAUUGGAGCCUAGCACAGAAGUUGAUUCUCCGUGCUUGUGAACCGUUGCCACGCCGUCGUUGUUUGGCUAAAACAGUACAGAAGACGGGUCUCGCUUGGUUUCCUGAUUCUUUGUGGAGACCAGUUAGUAACAGUAGUGUUAACUGGAGCGGUCUUGGCUGCAAAAGUUUCGAAUGCUUGAAAGCUAAGAAACUGAGCCGGGAUUGUGUUGGUUGCUUUGAUCUAGCUACUAGUCAUGAGAAAGACAGGUUUGUUAAGGUUAAAGGGAAGACUGAUUUCUUGAUAGAUGAUGUUUUGGGUUUAAGCGAUGGGAAAAUCCGAAUCGGGUUUGAUAUUAGCAGUGGAUCAGGUACAUUUGCUGCUAGAAUGGCUGAAAAGAAUGUGAAUAUAAUCAGUAACACAUUGAAUAUAGAUGCUCCUUUCAGUGAAUUCAUAGCUGCGAGAGGGGUUUUUCCGUUGUUCAUGAGUUUGGAUCAGAGAUUACCGUUCUACGACAAUGUUUUCGAUCUCAUUCACGCUUCUAACGGAUUGGAUUUAGCGGCUAGUAAUAAACCCGAGAAGCUGGAGUUCUUGAUGUUUGAUCUUGAUCGGAUCUUGAAACCCGGUGGAUUGUUCUGGUUAGACAAUUUCUAUUGCGGUAAUGAUGAGAAGAAGAGAGUUCUUACGCGUUUGAUAGAGCGGUUUGGGUAUAAGAAGUUGAAAUGGGUUGUUGGAGAGAAAACUGAUGUAGAGGUUUAUCUCUCGGCUGUUCUGCAGAAGCCUGCCAGGAUUUGAUUGAUUUUUUUGCUUUUAAAUCAAGAUUUUGAUAUUUUCUUAGGUUAUAAAAUUUAGAGUAAGUGUGAAUUUGUAUUUUGGGGUUUUGUCUGAUCAUGUAUGAUAGACAGUUGUGCUGUAUGUUUGUGCCAACAUCAUUUAAACCUGAUUGAUUCUCAAGCGA